GCCAUGUAAAAUGGAGAAGCAGGCCGAAAAGGCCUCUGCUCACAUUUCCUGUCUGUUUCCAGAAAUUUUGACAAUAAUAUUUAGUUAUUUAGAGGUGAAAGACAAAGGAAGAGCUGCCCAGGUGUGUGUGUCGUGGAGAGACGCUGCAUAUAAUCGUAUGGUCUGGAGAGGGGUUAUAUCAAAGCUCCAUCUCAGACGUGCAAACCCGUCUUUGUUCCCGAGUUUGGUAAAACGUGGUAUCAAAAGAGUACAAAUUUUAAGUUUACGACGUAGCCUUCGAGAUGUCGUUACUGGGAUCUCUAAUUUAGAGUGUUUAGAUUUGAGUGGCUGUUAUAAUGUGACUGAUAUAGGUCUUGGUGGUGCUUUUUCCAAUGAUCUCCCUUGUAUUACUGCAUUGAAUCUCAGUCUCUGUAAGCAAGUGACAGAUAACAGUCUAGGAAGAAUUGCACAAAGUCUAAAAAAUCUUGAGAUCUUAGAAUUAGGUGGAUGUUGUAGCAUUUCUAAUACAGGACUUCUGCUUAUCGCAUGGGGAUUGCGAAAGUUGAAACAACUCAAUCUACGGAGUUGUAGACAUAUUUCAGAUGUUGGCAUUGGGCAUUUAGCAGGACAGAGUCCACAUGCGGCAACAGGAACGUUAGAAUUAGAACAUUUGGGUUUACAAGACUGUCAAAAACUUACAGAUCAGGCUUUAAAACAUGUCAGUGGCGGAAUAAUGCAGUUAAAAACAAUAAAUUUAAGUUUUUGUGGAAGUGUAACCGACACAGGUUUAAAAUUCAUAUCUAAAAUGCCAAAUUUACAAGAAGUGAAUCUUAGAAGUUGUGAUAAUAUUAGUGACACGGGCAUUGGUUAUUUAGCUAAUGGCACAGCAAAAAUUUCAACUCUAGAUGUUAGUUUUUGUGACAAGAUUGGGGAUCAGUCUCUUCAGUAUAUUGCUCAAGGGUUAUUUUGUUUAAGAUGCUUAUGCCUUAAUGCGUGUAAUAUUAGUGAUGAUGGGAUUUAUAGACUUGUUCAAACGUUACAUGAAUUAACCACCUUGAACAUUGGCCAGUGUAUCCGCAUUACAGACAAAUCUCUUGGACUUGUUGCUGAUAACUUGAAGAAUCUGAGUUCAAUUGACUUGUACGGUUGUACAAAAAUAACAACUGUUGGUUUAGAGAAGAUAAUGCAACUGAAAAGACUGACAACUUUAAAUCUUGGAUUGUGGCAUAAACGAUAAUAAACAUGUAUAAUGUCCUACUGUCAGUUUCUAAUGUGCUAUAUAUAUUUUUUUAUACAAAAUCAUUUGUUUUAACAAAAGGAUAAAAGUACAUUGUGUGUAUACACAUCAAUGAAACCGUAACCAAAUUCAUUUGUACCUGAAUGACACAUAUACCAAAAAGACAUAUUUGAACAUUUAUUUGUCUCUCUUGAUUAUUUUUUGCACGAAACUUUAAAGUAAUGCCUAAUGUACAUAUGUACAUGUAUACACUAGCCUGGGAUCCUGACUCACUACUCGUCACUACUCGGCAGUAGAGCUAGGCAGAAUACAACAAAAUGGUUUCGUCAGUUGGAUGUUAGAAUGAUGCAUUGUGGGAUAGCAUCAUUUCUUGACACAUGGCGGGAAAUAUUUAUAUUGUCACAAAUUCAUUGAAAAUUAUUUUUCAUUUCAUAUGAAAUGCAAGUUUAGAAAAAUUUAGCAUAUAUAAUUCAAACGUUAUUGAUUAACAUCGUGAAUCAACUGUUUAUUAACGAUCUGAUUGAUAUAUUCCUUGUUUAUAGAACAUGCACAUGCGCAGUAAUUCAGUCCUGUUCAGCGCUCAUAGUUGGUCACAUGGAUUGUAUUACGCCUGGCCCUAUCUACGAAGUAUUAGAUUGGGUCAGAAUGCCAGGCUAAUGUAUACACUUGAUAGAUGAGCUUUUUUAAAAUAAAAUUUUGGAAAAUCCUUAUAUAUGUUAAAUCACUAAAAGUUCACAUUUAAGUUACAAAUGUUGCAUCAAGAAAAAAAAAACCAUUAACAGUAUAUUAUACAUGAUGUAUAUGUGUAGCUAAUGUUUGCCUGACCUGUGCUGCAACAGAAUAAACAUUGUUAAUAUACAUGAGGGUAGGAAUGCCCUUUAUUGUCAAGCGUCAAAGAUCUGUUUUUGGCUACCGUUAUCGUCCAAUGAGCCUCAAUUAUUUAUCGUCAUUCGUCAAAUCUCAUUUUUGUAGCUACUGUUAGCGUCAAAUGGAGUAUAAUGUUUAUUGUUGAUGUUAUUUUAAGAAGUAUUUUACCAUCAUUCAUCAUGUGGGGUACCCCAUUCCUACCCUCAUACAUGUAUACAGUGUAUGUCAAAAUUUAUUUUUUGAACUGAUACAAUUUACAGAAUGAAAGAAAUAAGGCAAACCUAAUUAUGUGUAACUUUUAGCCAUAUUUAGCACUUCCUUUUGUUAAAGAUAUAUGGUGAAUGUCAGAUUGUGACAAAAUGUGUUCUUGCUAUUUGAUGAAGUAAAACCAUGACAUUAGUAUUAUGAAUUAGUUACAAAUGUACAUUACAACAAUUGUAACAUCAAUUACAAGUACAUAUGUAAUUUAUUUUUCUUGCCAUACUUUCAAAAAGUGCUAUUUUUUCUAGUGAAUAUUUUUGUUACAGUACAGUAAUGACACUAUAAUCUGCACAAAAUGGAAAUGUCAUGGAUGUAGUAAGCUCCUAAAAUUGCCAAAAUUCAAAAAAAAUUAAACUAUCCAUAACUAAUUUCGAAAAUGUCUAAAAGUAUAUUAGAGCUUUUUGGUAAUGAGAAUUAUUAUUUGUUUUUUCAAGCAGUGUGAAAUAUGUUAAAUUUAACAAAUAUAAAAUGUUCUCAUAAUGUCUUAAAUUUUAGCCUUUUUUGUUUGUGACACAGGCAUGACAGAUGUAAUUUACACUACACAUGAGUAUUUUCAUGUCAAUAUUCUUUGGAUAAACAUGUAUCUUCAUUAUCACAUGAUUUUGCAAAUUUUGGUUCUGUUACCUUAAAUAAGUGAAAAAUCAUAUAAAUUUAAGAAAUUUUAGGUACUUGAAAGGACAGAUGAUCUUUGUAUUUCAAUUUGAAUAAUAUUCCAACCAUUAAUCUAAGAUUACUAGCUAUAUAUAUAGUACUGCUACAAGUUUAUCUUAAUCAAAUAACUAUAAAUAUAAUACCUUAUACAUUACUUUAUCGGCAGUUUGUACAUUUUAUCUUUGAUCUUACAGCCUAAUAUUUUUAAGAUCAUGGACAGGACUUGAUACUCGAAAAUAUUAGGCAAUGACGUCAUGUAUAAGUGCAGCGACGUCGCAUACUCAAGUCCAUCAGCUUCAAUUUAUCAAUGAAAUGCACGCGACGUCAUUCAUACAACCGAAAAACUAUUCCAAAGUUUUGUAUGCGUAAAAGUAGUUUUACUGACUAUUUCAUUCUACUUCAUAUUCUGAACCAAAAAAACCUACAGUUAUGACAAAUUGCCGAUAAAAAGAAUAAUGGCAUUUUAUUUUUUGAUACUGACUUCAUCAGCUCGAAUAUCAGCUCGCCCUAACGGGCUCGCUUGAUAUUCUUGCUGAUAAAGUCAGUAUCAAAAACAAAAAUGCCUUUAUUCUGUAUGUAUUGAUACAUUACCUGGGCCAUAGUCAGGUUUGAGGUUAGCUGAACUAGACAUGCAUAUGUAGAACCAGAAUUGGUGCUUAAUGCCGGAGCCUUGCUGGACUGAAACAAAAAUAUUUACAAUUUGUAGUACCGGUACAUUUUUUUAUUGUGUUAGUAGAUCUAUUUCAUUGUAGUUUAAAUGGUUUGUUAAGUUUAUAUUUUGUGUUUAUGAUUUAGAUUUUAUUUCGUGGUUUGAAUUAUAUAUAAAAUUUACUGAACUUUUCUAUACCUAUAUUUUUUAUGAAUCAAUUGCCGAAAACAUAUUUAUAAAAAAAUCUAUUAUACAAGUACAAUGUAUGUACAUGUAGCAUUAAUGAAGAACAAAGUCAUGUUAUUUAUAAUAUUAUCUUGUUAUAUAGUAAAUACAUUACAUAUAUAUAUAUAUACAUGAUAUAUAAACAACAAUGUACAAUCUCAUUAUAUUCAAAUGUAUGCUGGAUCUAUCCAAACUAAAAAAAUAACUAUAGUAUUUGAAGUCAUGGAAGUGUUGCACAGUCAAUUUAGGAUUUGGCCAUUGUUCAAUUUGUUGAUGUGGCAAUUCUUCAAAUACAUACAUGUAACUGUUCCAUGUAAACACAUUUAAUGCAUAUAUAUAUAUAUAGUUGGUGACCUUCUGCUGUUGUCUGUUCUAUGGUCGGGUUGUUGUCUCUUUGACACAUUCCCCAUUUCCAUUCUCAAUUUUAUAUAUAUAUAUAUAUUAAUUACACCUUAUGUAAGAAUCCUGGGUUUUGAUUGGUUGAUAGCCAGUGUAUUUUUCACCAAUUUACUGUUAUCAAAUGAAUAUCCUUCAUUUUUUAACGCCGCCGGGGUAUAUGCAAAAAGGAUAUGCCUUUUUUACCCUCUCUGCCAUGGUAUUUGCCAAAAAAUACUUAUCCGACUGGACGCUUGUAACGUCACGAUCAUCAAUGCGUUUUUGAACGUUAACAUUCGGUGUAAUUAAACAGAUAUAGCAUGUUCUUGAGGGGUAUUUGCGAAAAAUACCAGUCUUGAGAAUGAAUUUCCCUCGCCUUACGGCUCGCGAAAUUUAACAUUCUCUCGACUGGUAUUUUUCGCAAAUACCCCUCCUUUACAUGAUAUAUCUGUUCAAUAUAUAUAUAUAUAUAUGCGAUACUCUUCAAAUAUUUAAAAUAAAAUAUUUGAAAAAUGUCUUGAUAAUGUCCACAGUGUUGGUAAAUGUUUGGGCAAUUUUGUUGCCAAUGACGCUGUAGGCUUCAUCCAAUCAAAAUAGGGUUAUAUGACUUAUUACCAUGUUUAUAUUAGAAUUGUUGAUUUAACACCUUCAAAUUGUAUU